AUGUCUCUGGAAAGUGUUACUGAUACAACACCAACAACCCAACCAAAAUCUCAGCCACCAAAAAGACGCGGAAAAGGUAAAGCUUAUACCCAAUGUAUUUUAAAUAUAAUACAUGUAGAUUGUAAAGUUAUCAGAUUGUGGGUAUCCAUCGCCACAGCCAGAUCGUACUUCUUAAUGGUCAGAUCUUUCCACAGUUUAGUCAGAACUUUUCUCAAGCUACGAGCAAAACGAGGGCGUUAGUUAUGUGUGUGUAUACCUCGUUCUUUAAUAUUUAGCUGCAGUGUAAUCAAGAAGCCAAAAAAACGUUUUACGCUGAAACUAUGGAAUGAUCUGGCUACGAUCUGGCUCAGAACAAUCUGACCAUGAAACAAAGUGACCGUAUAACGGAUUGUUUGUAGCUGAUAUAUCAGAACUUCACUCCUGGAAUCAAUUCGAUUUGAAUUAUACAACCUAGAAAACUUUCUGCAUUCUAUUUAGCGCCCGACUUACCUGUUCAUGAAAGAAGGAAUUGGCUAAUACACCUACACUACAUAAGGAAAGAAUACAAUCGAUGUAAGGUGAGUUGUAAAUGACUGUUUUUAUGAUCCAUACAGUAUUCCAAGGGUAUUAAAGUUUUCAUGUUGUUGCAUCAGCAAUUAACAAUCGUUAUUCUUUCAGGCUCUCGUAAGUGACCAACUUCAGGAAACCCAAGGAAUGUGUGAAUAUGCUCUGUAUGUACAAGGUACAUGUAAAGGAACAAUCUGGGGGUAUUAAGGGGCGGGGGGCAGAAAAUUAGUUCUUGUAAUUGUGGAUUUCAAAAUAAAUGACAGAUCCAGACAUACACACAAAUCCAUUUUUAGGUUUGUUCAUGACAUGUUGAGAAAAAUCUGGACAGUGUGGGUUUGAGGUCCAGAUUUUCUGUUGAUCAAUGUACCCCUUAAGUGUACAUCACAUUGUACUGUACUGUUAACUUAACUGCUCUUUUUUUUCUUCUAUUGUGAAAAUUGUUUUCGAGAGUGGCUGGACUACUAAAUACCAUUCAGAAAUUCAAUACAUGCAUGCAUGUACAUGUAUUAUAAGUACAAUUCAUGUGUAGUGACAGCAACCUUUUAAAGAACAGAAUAAGAAAGUGUGAUAUUUUAAUAUUUUCCUUUGCUGUUUUAUUUCUUUUAUUUUAUGUAGCAUUAAUUCUGCGUCAGGAAGGACAAAUUCAAGAAUCAUUAGAUCUCUUCCAAAGGACUGUGCAAAUCAACCCCCAAAGUGCUGACAAUCUAAAGCAAGUGGCAAGAUCUCUGUAAGUCUUCAAUUCUCUGUUAAAUGUCUAAUGGCUCCUUAGUAUAAUUAUUGUUUUGGUGUUCUCAAUCUUUCAUGUAUGUAAAUUGAACAAUUAAGUACUUUGUAAGUUCCAUAUACAAUACACGCACUGUUGAUAACCCAUUGACAGAUUAGCCUUACUAAUAGCAAUCAUGUCAUUGAAGAUAGAGAAAAUGAAGCAUGCACAACAAAGCCUCUAGAAAUCCAGCCUCUAGUUUCCCUGCAGAAACCUGUAUGGAUGCGAGAAAUUUUGGUCAUGCAUGAUGUCAGUGUACACCCAUCCAACCCUCUUCCUGUAUAGACCCUGGUGAAAGGGAAGUGGGGUGGGGAAGGGGUGCAUGGAAGGUGUAACGAGAAUCCCAGAUAUGCAGCUUGCAUUUGUGGUGGCUGGGUUUUACAGAUUUUCAUGGCCUUGGUUUUCAUAAUGUCAGGACUUCUGCAUGGAGAUGUAUUUUUGACAAGUUGAAGGUUAAAACAACCACGUGAAAUAAUUGAGAGUGAUCACAAGUCUCGAGGUUAUAGCUUUCUCAAACUGAUCAUUGGGAAUAAUUCAUAAGGAAAUACAAAAGAAAUGCAUGUUUUCACAAGUGUCUGGAAAUCAGAUCAAAAACUGUUUUUUGCAUCUUUACAUGAAUGUUUCUUCUAAAAUCCUUUUACUUACUUUUAAAGAGAAAUGCAUACGAGUUUCAAGGUGUUUGAUAUUGCAAUGAGAUAACCCAUCAAGUUUUUUGAAACUUGACCUCAUUUCAUACUUUCAGCCAUAGCUCUUCUAUAAAGUGGUUAAUGUAAAGUGAUGAAACACAAUCUCAUGUUUGACAUAGUACAUGUACUUCGAGUAACUGUUACAUUAACCCUCUAUGCCAUGUUGAUAUUAACAACUUCGUUAACCUCUUUAGCUUCCUUCUUGCACGUCACAAAGCUGCUCUUGAAGUGUACAAUGAGGCUGCAAAACUAAGCACCAAAGACUGGGUAUGUAUGUAGUCUUCGUAAUACACAUUAUUCAACUUGUUGGUGAGCUGUCAUUUAGAUUUAAAACAAAUGUAGGACACCAAAACAAGCCCAGCUGCAAUCAGUGACAAAAUUGUUGAGACAUUGGUUUCAAAUAGGGUAACUUUAGAGAACAAAGAAUCCACACCUCCCCUGUCUUGUCCAUUCAAAGUUGGCAUGUUUGUUGUUUUCUAUAGGUAGCUUGAACAGUUGCACAACAUUGCAUGGAGGGUAUGGGGGAGGAAAAGCUAUAUUUCCCCCUUUUGAAGUCAGUAAAAUGAAAAAAGCCCAGUUUAGGGCGAAGUGUCUCAAGUCAUUUUGUUGCUGAUUGUAGAUCUGAAUAGACGCACAUAAAAUUAUUCCCUAAUUUUACUUGCCACCUUUUGUUUACACUUUUUUUUGCUUUUGAAAAGAUUUAACUAAAGUUUCAUUUUUUUGCAAUAUUUCAUUUUUAAUAGGAAAUCUACCAUAAUCAAGGUAAGACUAAGAUUGUUUGUUGAUUGAUUUCAUUUUGUCAACGUUGUUGUUUUUGUUACAUGUAGUAGGUAAUAUUGAAUGAUAAUUUUGUGUUAUCAAGUAAUAAUAAUAAUAAUAAUAAUAAUAAUAAUAAUAAUAAUAAUAAUAAUAAUAACGUCUUUAUUAAAAAGCAUCCGAUAAAAUUACAUAUCUGAUGUUACAGUAAAAAUAUAUAUUGAUAGCAAAAAAAAUUUACAAUGAUUAAGAUGAAUAAAAAAGAUUAAAUUGAUUAAAAAUACAUAUGGGGUAUUUACACAGCUAGAUUAUAUUUAAAAAUUAAUCUAUUAAAAAAGCUAUCUUUGAAACGUUCAGUGUUAAUGCUGGGCCUGACAAUGGAUUUCCUUCGAAGGUUUGCAAUACAGUCUUUGUACCUUGGGAGCAAGCUUUUUAAUGGAUGGUCAUCGCGUUUGAGGUUAUAAAAAAGGCGUCUGUCGCUUUUCUCCAAAAGUUCAUAUAUGUUGUAAUUGACCGACGUAUAACGCCUCUUAUAGCAUCUUUUUAAAAACCUUUGUAUAACAGUAAGUUCGGAAACACUUGCAGCAUAAACUGAAAGACCGUAUAAUAACUUAGGGAUCACAAUUGAAUUAAAGAGGUGGUCUAUUUCAUCUUGUGUAUAUCCUUCUUUACGUAGGCUUCUGAUGACAAAUAAACACUUGUUGGCUUCAUGGAGCUUGGCCUUGACAUGCAAGCCAAACUUACAAUUACCUUGAAUUGUGACGCCUAAUAAAGAAAUGUUAUUAUAUUGUUUGAUAUUGUGAGACAUUGGGUAGACUGUUGAAUUGCCUCUCUUACGCAUAAUUAGCUCCUUACAUUUACUAGUGUUACAAUGCAUGUCAUUUGCAACAGUCCAAUCCAUAAACUUGGACAAGGCAAUGUCAGAUAUAUCCGGGGAAUCUUUAGUAAUCGUGACUAAGACGGUUGAAUCGUCUGCAUAUUUAAACAAGGAUAUAUCUUUGUACCCAUCUAUCUCUAGGUCAUUCAAAAAUAUGUUGAAAAGAUAUGGGCCACUGACACUUCCCUGUGUUGUUCCCUUGUUAACAAUUUUCCACUGGCAUGUCAAAUUAUUAAAAAUCACCCUUUGUUUUUUACCUUCGAGAAAGUUGGCAUACCAGUUAACAAUGAAUGAAUCAAGUGGACUAUGUUUCAGCUUUUCAACUAGAAGAUUGUGUUUAACGUUAUCAAAGGCUUUAGAGAAAUCCAUCGUGAACAUUCUCACCGCUAAGGUAUCCCGUUGUCAAGUGUGCAAAAAAAGUCGUGUUUGAUAGCCUGGGGUUAUACUCAGCCUCAUCCAAUAAUAAUUGAUAAGUAUGAAAAAUGUGUACCAAGUCAGUGGCUGAGUUGAUAUUACCAGUACUUGUCUUUGUGACACUCAAUCAUUAAUUACAUUGCAUACUGUACCAUUUUAUUGAAUGUCAUGAAUUUGUUUCUCAAUUGAUCCUUUAUUAGGUGUUUGCUAUAUGUAUCUAAAGGAUUUUGAAAAGGUGAGUGUAAUGAUAUAUUAUUAUUUUGACUAACUCCACACACUUAAACAAGAGAGAUAAAAUGGGAAAUAAAUUACACCGUAAUCCCCAGGACACUGCAACACCCAUACCCUAACAAAACAAUGGACAUUUUGCAAUGUCACUAGACUUUCUAAAAGUCGUUAAGUUUUUUUCCUGGUUGUUUAUGCCAUAGUAAAGGACUUUUCAGACCUGUUUGGUGCGAAAUUCAGCGGUAGAAAAAAUCUACUGACCAGUGACAUUUUGACAAUUGACUAAUAGGACAGUGAGUGAUAAAUUAUUUACACCGCUCCCGACACAUCAUACAGUGUAUGUCAAUCAUUUUUUUCCAGCGUGAGUUUAUAAUAUAAUUCAAAUCCAUUCAGGCAAAAUAAGUCGACCUUGAGGCUUUGUUGCUCGCUCAGUGGCUGCGUGACCUCAUGCAUUGAAAGCUCGCUUUGCACACUUUUAAGAACUUAUGAGAGGUCGACUUGAAGACUUGCAGUGAGGAUCAACAGCAGGGAAACUGCUGGUGGCACCGCAAAAUUCUGCCUCUUUUCUCAGGCUACAACACAAACUGGCACCAAUAAUUUAAGUAUGAAUUGUAUGAAUUAAAUUAAAUUUAAUAACUACAUGUACAUGUAAUUGGCAGGUUCAAAUAAUUAAAAUAGUAUUGAAAAAAUUGAUGACUACUUCAUAUAUAUUACAAUAAUAUUACAAUGUGUCUCUGUGCAGCAAAGUGUAUUAGCCAGUACAAGUAUCCAGAUUUAAAUUUUAAAGUAUUGAUAUUGUUAAUAUUCAUUGUCACUGUAGGCUAAAGAUUGCCUGAAGCAUGCUUUGCAGUACCACCGCCAUGAUGCUUCUUUCAUUCAGCUUGGGAAAGUUCUCCUCUUAGAGGGCGACACGGAAUCAGCCAUUGAUAUUUUCAAAAGAGCAAUAGAGUAA